AUCAAGACUCCUGGGAAGAUCGAUGACGACGACGAUGACAAUGACAACGUUAAUGAUAACUCGCUGAUAAAUAAGUAUACGUAGUAAACGUUUUCUGCGAGCACCAGCUGUCAUUGAUCGUCGUCGUUGAAGUCGCAAACCGCGGAUUCGUUUACCUGACACAAUCGUCGCGGCCCAGAACAAAAGCAGCAGGGACUGUCUCAGCAUCAUUGUCAAACGUUCGGAGAAGUCAGAGUCAGAAACUACCACGACACGUUUACGUUAGACACAAUCGGCGCGGUCCAGGAAAAUGAAAAGUCCAUCUAGGAGAGCCGCAAGGAUCUCGAGAAAACGUUCUUGCUGCCAUCUGCCCCGGCUGUAGCUCUUGAUACGGAACCACAAGGGAAGGAGUGAUCGAUAAAAUAUGUCUGAUCACCGAACGUGCCUCGCACAAAUACACCAGCAUCCAGCCUACAACAGUAUCGACAGCAGCAACAGCAGCGACGAGACUUGAGACUCGCCCCCAAACCGAUUCCGAGUUCCUUCAACCUUCAACUUUUUCAGCCCACUCGUCAAACUUACCCAGGAUACGCGACUGUCGCAUAUCGUCUUCUGGAAAAUGAGUGGCAGAGAAACCCUGAAGAAGACUCGGCAGCAUUCCUCGAUCCAGUAGACAAGAUACACUUCGAUGCCAGCGACGAUAGCCGACGAAGACGACGUACGGUGUUCAACGGGGGAUCGCGUAUUUCCGCAAUCGAGGAAGCCACGAGUGAUCCCCGAAGACUUUCGGGAGUCGAAGACCACGAAGAGGAAGACGAAGCUGUCGGAUACUCUCGGAAUAUCGUCGUGGGAUCACUUCUAUGUGCCUCCAUCACGUGGACGUUGCACCACGUCGUUUCGAAAGGUUUUUUGGGACGCGCCGCCCCAUCAAUCAUGGAUGUUGACUGUCCGAUCAUAAGUCUGAAGCGAUCUAGCAGUGCGCCGAUGAUUAACGAGAUCAGCAGCGCGACCAUGUCCGUCACCACGCCGUCUACAUCAUCGUCGAGGGAUGCUGUGUCGGGCUACAAUAUAUUUUCUAAUUCUACUCGUUCACGACGCUUCAGCACCAGUAGUCCUGGUAAUGUUCCUAGAUUGACACCACGUGUGAGUCAAUUAAGACAGGAAGAAUGCGUGGACGUUGCUGGCCGGGAAGCUGCACACGAGAAAGAAAUUCAUAGUGCCAUGCAAAUAUCGCAAUCAUGGGAGGAUCUCACUUUGGAAGCGGAAGGAUUGUCGUUCAAAGACUCAGAGUCUCCUACACAGCAGCUUAACAAAAUGGAACGACCGAAGAGGCCGUUAGAUCCCCUAAGUUUAAAUCUGUCCAUUACUGGCUCACCGUUGUGUUCUUCACCUUCACCCACAAGAUCAGGAUUUAAUCAAAGACAGUGUUACUCCCCUGGCAUUCAUAUUUGGAAGAGCAAUUUGUCUCCUAGUCCUACGAGAAAAGCUUUUGCCACAAGACGCAGCUUAAGUCCUAUCGCAAUAAGGCCAAGCUGCUUGGGGCCAGAAAGGAAGUUUGAAUUAGAUGAGACUGGGAUGGAUCAUAAUUUGCAACCACCUGCAAAACGUACUUCCGGUUUAUUGACAUCGGUUGCAUCCAGGUUAGAUGCACUGUCUAGCCCACUUCCAGGAACUAUCAGUUCCGUCGGUACACCCGAAUCAUUAUCGAGCGCGGAUUCACCUAGUUUCUCCUUCCGGCCAGUGGACAGUCCGUCACCGGUUCGCGCUGCUCCAAACAGUGACAGCGAUUCCUUAGAUGCGAGUAAUCAAAGUAAACCGACUGAUCACAUUCGUGUCGAUCAAAUCAAUCAGGACAAUCACAGAUGAACACGAGAUAUCAUCGUCGGACGUGUGAGAGCUUAAGAUUCGACGUGUCACUUAUUUUCGGCAUUUUGAUGUAGGAAAUUUGGUAUCUGUGUCCUGCAUAUUGAAUCCAAAACUCGGUGUAUCCUUCUCCGAUCUUCGUUGAGGAAAAUGACAAAAGACAGCGUUCUCAUAAUGGGAUAUGGAUCGCUUGGAACUAUAGUGCAAGUGUGAUGUAUUUUAGAGGAUAGACACCUCUAAUACGUUCUUCUUUGAUGUAUGAGUAAGCGUAAACGCCAAGAGUGUUCUCCCUUCAUUAUGCUAAUUAUACAUAUCCACGGGAAGACACUUUAUGUGUCCCGUAUCGUAAUCGUAUCGUUCUGUUAGAUUUAUUCCGGAGUGAAGCAUGUCCGUACUAUAAAAUGGUUCAUUCUUUGUUUCUUUUUCCCCACUUUUUUUCUUAAGUAUCGAUAUACAAUGAUUCUGUAUGUAGCGAUAAUUCCUUUCUCCCUUUUAUCAUUCUUUCUUCCACUCUUUAUUCUAUCCAUCCUACUUAAUCUUAUUUUAAUCUUUUGUUAUUUAUUUUUAAUGUUUGAUAAAUCAUGUUUUAAACAUUGGAUAAUUUUCUAUCCAAUGAGCUUAUUGGAUACACGUCCAAUGAGUGUAAUUUUUGUAAUUGAAACUGUAUUUGUUAUAUAGACUAUCAAAAUUGCAUCUCGCGUUUAAUCACGAUUUAAUAAUAUUGUACAGACAUGAUUUAAUCGUUUACAGGUGUUGAUGCUUUUAAUCUUUUUCUUAUUAUAUUAUUUUUAUUGAUAUCGGGGACUUGAUUUUCAAUUUUUCUGAAAAAAAUACAUUUUGUGUUAAAAACUGCGAUAUAGUUUGAAAGUUUUGGAACUUUUGAAGUAAUACGUUGAAGGCGAUGAAGAUCGUAUGACGUAAAAAUAUAAAGAGAAACAAGUUUGAAAGAUUUUUGAAUAUCUUUAUCUCUUUAUAUCAUUUCUUUAAACCUUUUAGAGAGAUGUACCUUGCAAGGAUACAUCUUUUUAAAGUUAUAAAUAUCUGAUUUUAAAUGCAAGAGAGAAUCUGCGAAUGUCGCUCGUUUUUCUUAGCUUCCGUCUGUCACUUUAUCUGAAGAUCUAUCAAACGUGAAAUUCAAGUCCCAUACACACGCAAUAUCCUUGUAUUUCAUGAGAUAAUGAUCUUAUCCUACUAUAAAUAAUAACAAUAAUAUAAAUGCGGCGUUUGUGUUCUAGAUUUCUCGGAAUAAUAUACGAAUAAUUCUCUUUCUCUUUUUCUCUUUCAUGCUUUGUUUACAAAUAAUGAUGCCACAUAGAUUUGCAGAAUGUUUUUUUUUUUUACUUAAAAACCAAAGCAUAAGUAUUAAGUUUACUAUAUAUUAUAGUUAGUACUCUCCCCCUUUAGCCAUUGCUCUUCUUUUUUCGUUUUCAAGAUAUGUGAUUUCACAUCGAUUUAUGAAAUCAAUCAAAUUCUUGUCUUUAUAUACAUAUAUAUAUAUAUAUAUAUAUAUAUAUAUAUAUAUAUCUGACAAAAUAUAAAUAUAUACAAAUAAUCUCAGAAAUUAUAAGGCAACAUAUAUUGCAUGAUCUUUAGAUCGAACGGAGCAUUCCAUACUAUUUCGAUCGGGGGCAUUACUUUUGGAAUAUAUAUUUGUAUAAAUAUAUAUAAAUAGAGAGAAAAAAGAGAUAAAAAUUUGAGAUUAUGUUUAUAUAUAUUUAUAUAAAGUUAGAUUUCAGGAGUUAGCUUGACUGAUGAUGCUACGAGAAUCUGACUGUGCCAGAAAACAUUAGUAAUAUGCGCAGGAAGUAUUGUUUAGAUCUUGUAUGCGUUUUAGGAUGUAUAUUUCGAACUUCCUCCCGCCUGUUAAUAAACUGAUAAUAGAUUAUAUGUUAUUUAUAAUUUUAA